UUAAUUUGAAAUUAAACAAAUAUGAUAAAAAAAUACACUAAUUUGUAUCAAAUAUGUAUUAUCAAAAUCAUUAUACUUUAGCCACAUUAGGCAAUUUCAUAAUUUCAUUUAAAGAAAAAAUGAAAAAUAUUAAUAAUGAAUUUAUUGUUAGUUUAAUAAAAAACUUAUUAUAUAUUUAGAUGAACCAACCUAAUUCUAUAAGGAUUAAGGAUUCUAAGAUUUAUUGUGGUGAUGACACAUAAUCCCCAUGUAAAUUCUAUUUGCCUUGUCACUUAGCAGCUAGUGUUCUAUAUUACCAGACUCCGGAAACCGAUAAUUAACUAUUUGACAGUCUCGUAAACGAUCAAUUAAUUGACGGUACUUGUACAUACACACCCUUAAAGAAAUCAAAUUUGAAUUUUAUUAAAGGCAAGGAAACGUUGAGAAAUUCUAUACUUUGGUAUUCGGUAUUUAAAAAAUCAUCAAGAACUUCGAGUAAAUUUGACUUUUGCCUUAUAAAUGCUACACGCACCUUGUUAAUGUUAAUGAUUUAAUUAACCGCGUACCCGAUAAUAUUAGUAUAACCUAUUUCACCUACUUUUGUACUUCAGAACUAAGAUUAGUUACUCCUGAAGUCUUUUUAUUUAUUUUAAUUUCACUUCGAACUUCGAAAAAAUUAUAUGGAGGCAGCAUACGUAAUCGUAUUAUUAAUUUACAUAUACAUUUAUAGCGUGCAUGGGUUUAUUUUAAUCACAUAGAUUUUGACCCCUUAUUGAAUUCAGUUAAGUUUUAAUUUUUACUAAAAGUGUUGGUACAAGCAAACUAGUACUCUAUAUAAAAAAGAAGGUGAGUUGACCAAAAAAAACAAAAAAAAACAAAAACAAAGAGAAGGCGCUUGCUAUUAAGACUGAGCAUUUUAUUCAUUAAAUUUUAUUCGAUUUUUUAUUUGUUUCGGUUCGAUCCGAAAAAUUCGGAUAUCCGUAUGCCUCCUGCCUCCGAAGUAAAGUAAAUAUUAAAAAUCAAUAUCCGUCAAAAGCAAAGCAAAUCACAAAUACUAAAAAAAUUAGAGACAGAUAUCCGAUCUGCUCCGCUUAUAUACAAAUAGUUGUAUAUCUAUAACUAAAUAUAGAGUUUUAAAUGCUUAUACAAUUAUAUUUUAACAUAUAAUUUUAUUAAUUUUAUUUAUAAAAUUACUUAUAAAAUAUAAAAUUAAGAGAAAGUAUAAAAUCUUUAACGAAAACUACAAUUUUUGUAAAUAUAUUUGUUUUAUAAGAAUUUUAUAUUAAUUUUUAAAAUUCAUAAAACACAUAGUUUCAUUAAAUUUUAGUUUAUAUUUUGUAUUAUGUAAAUUUUAUUUUAAGAAAAAAACAAAUUUGUGUAAUGUUUGGUAAAUUUACUUGUAUUGUACAAAGUGGAUAAAAUAUCCGUAAACAUACGUGAAUAUCCGCAAAUAUCUAUAAAUUUUCCAAAUAUCCAUAUUUUUUCGAAUCAAUGCAAAUCAGAAAAUCAGAUAUCCGAAUCAUAGAUACUAAAAAAUAUGGUACUAUCCGAUCUGUGCCCACCCCUAAUUGUUAUACUUUUAGACCUUUAGAUAGUUUAUUUGGUCACAUGACUGGAUGCAUAGAGGAUUAGUUACAUUUUACUGCCGAUAGUAGUAAAUUUAGGUAUUGGGAUUAGUGUAAACUGGUUUCAUGUAAUCUAGUUCAAUAAUUAACAAAAACACAUCCAAUUUCUUUGAAUCCUUUGUAAAGUUUUGUGAAUUUUUUCAAAGAUAAAAAAUUAGAAAUACAAAGAUUAUUUUUAAAUAUAUGCUAAAUAUUUUUUUGAUAACUGAUACGCAGGGCCGGCUUAGGCCAUGGGGCAAGGAGGCGUGGGCCCAGGACCCUAACAUUUUUUCAUAAAAAUAAUAUAAAAGAGGAGUCUAAUUUAAAAAUAAUAAUUAGGGAUAGAAGCCCAGAAAUUUUAAAUUGUCCAUAUAUACAUGUAAAAAAAACCUAAAAUUUUUUUUACCUAAGGGCCCAUUAAUAUCUUGAGCGGCCCUGCUGAUACGACUUUAUCUUUAUUUUCUCUUAAAUUGUAGUAGCACAUAUGUAUAUCAUCAGUAGGGACAGAAAAUGACAAUCUUUCAACUCUACUGAAAUAAUUCACGUUCCCAUGAUAAAAAUGUAAACAAGUAUGAACAUAAUCAGGUCAUCUCGAUGAGUCGUGGACCAAAACUCAUAAAUUUCUAUGUCGGAAAGGUUCGUCCCAUCUCUUUCCAAGUGGAAUCAGAACUACAGAAUCCUAGAAAACACAACAUAUGAAGAGUCCUAAAAAGCCUUUCAUUCACUUGGUAGACCAUAUUUGUUGGCAUUGUUGCAUUUGACUUGAUCAUUUUUUGGUGUUUGGACCAAAUAGAUGAGACCUUGUUACGGAGUAUGACUCAUCGAAGAUAUAUAUGGUACUUGCACAACACAAGAUUGUGUGAAGAAAUGUCUAUAUAUCUUUUUAUUUCUUUCUUUUUUGCCAACGUUGUGAAUUUCACAUAAAAUAUGAGAAAGGUUUGUAAACUUUACGAAAAUUUAAAACUAGAUGGGCUCACCUUGGCAAAAAGAAUAAAAUAAUGUGAAGCCCUUAGAGCAUCAUUAUCUCUGAUUUUUUAGGGCGGAGUUUUUAAGAGAAUAUAAAAAUCUGUUUAAUUUUUAACUAAAAAGUUAAGAAACUGUUUCUUAAAGUACUUAGAGCAUGAUCAUUGGGGGGAGAAGAGAGAGAUUCUUAGAGUGAACUUCUUAGCGGAAUAUAAAAAUCUGUUUUUUAAUUUUUUAUUAAAAAAGUUAAGAACCGACUUUUAAAUAAGAACAAUCCCCCGAAUAAUCAUGCUGUUAGAAAACAAGAUGGUUCGUAUCUGUAGAUGUGAUUCAUACAUUAAUUAAUUAUUAAUGCAUGACAAAUCAAACAUUCGGCGUAGAAGAACAAUCAGUGCUUUGUGUAUCUUUGUUUGAGCAGCGCAUAUAAGUUUUGUAGCUUUUGCUAGACAUGGAGAAUUACGAGAACCAAGACUACAUAUAAUAUGCUGAUUAUGAAAGAUCUGGUAGUUUGUGUGUGUUUUCUGUAUGAAGAUUGUGAUCAUGGUUUGUACUCGUAUUCGUAGAAACCACUGGAAUAAGACGAUAUGUACACGUGUGCCAGAGCUAUCUAUAUUGCGGGAUGACACGUAGUUAAAAUUUAUAUCAUUUGAAAACUUACCUUAAAGAUAAUUUAUAUCAGUUUCAUAAUAAUUUCAACUUUAGAAUGAUUAAGUAUCAUCCUUACAGUCAUUUUGCAAUUAAUGUGUUUACACACUAAUUUUCUUAACUCUAUCGCAAAAUAUUUAAUGUAUCACAAACUAGUUUUUUUAAUCAUUUCACUAGAUUUUGACCCGCGCUUUAGAAGCGCGGGAUUUGUUUCACGUAAAAUAUAUAUAUAUAUAUCAAGUCAUGUAUAUUUCGUUUGUAUAUUAUACGUGUAAUAUUAAGAUGCGUAAUAUUAUUUAGAGCUACAUAUUUGAAAAAAUUAUAUCUUAUUUCGUUAAUGACAACAGUUAUCUCUAAUUUAAAAGUAUAAAUUUAUAAUCCGAACUCUAUAACAUCAAUAUAAAGUAUUAUUUAUAUGCGACGUUUUUAUUUAUCUUAUUCAUAAUUAUUAUUGUACACAUAUCAUAUUUAUGUUUCUAAACGAAAAAACUAACAACUAAUGUGUUUAUUAUUAUUUUUCGAUUUCCCAUAAAUUAGUUAAUUUUUGAAUAAAAGUUAUAAUAGCAAUACUUAAUAAAUCUUUUGUUGGUUAUAAUUAUUUUUAUUUUCAUAAACUAUUUAUAAAAUAUAUAUUUGUUAAUAGAAAUUAAAUUUAUAAUUAUAUCUUAUUGAAAAUAUUUUUAUUAAUAUAAAUAUAUAUUUUAUUAUCAGACUAUUAAUAUUUAACUAACUACUUUAAUAUAAAAACACUUUGCAAUAAAUCUAUUUAUCUAUUUUAUUAUAUGUUUACUAAACAUAUUUUGUUGGGUCUGUAAAUAUCAAUUAUAAAUAACAAAUGGGCUCCAGCCCAUUAUAUUAACCUUAACAUUUUUCCUUAAUACUUAUCCUAGAUUAAUAUGUGGACAAAACAUAAGUUUUAUCCUCUCUCUCUCUUUCUCUCUUUCUCUCUCUACUGUCGGUUUCUCUAAAUUGAAGAAUAAGGCGAUCUUCCGACAGACGACCUUAGUUUGGUUCUGAACGGUAAAUCACCUAAAAUAUCCGAUGACUUUCUUUCAACGCUCUGAGAUGGAACGUGUUGUGAUGGCUUCAAAGAGAGUAAAAAACGACAGAAAGCGAACCCGUAAAAACCCAGAUGGACACUGAUACUUGAAAGGGUUCUCAAAGAUGUCAUAUUACGCUGUGCAAUACAAAGAAUCAAUUGGAAGAUAAGUGUUCUUCUUAAUACCAUCGUACUAUAUAACUACAAUUUAAUUGUUUUCUUCAGUCAAAAUGUCAGUAAUAAUAAACUACUGCAAUACCAGGAGUCACCACUUUUGUUUUUUAUUUUACAGAUUUUAUAUACACGUAAGGAAAAUCAAUUAAGGAUAUACAGAUGGCAUGAGACAGUUUAUAAUAUAUAUCAGGUAACAGAUUACUACUCAAAUAGUAUUUGUACUGUGUUAUGAAUAGUUAGUUAGGAAUGGAACUGAUUCUGGAUAGAUAAAGGGAAUUGGGCAUCUUGCUGAUUGACGUUUGGUUUCCACUGAUUAUUAUAUAACAUCUGCUUUUAUAAUGAAAUAUAGAAUGCGAUAUAAAAGUUUUGAAUCCAUAAUAAACUUUUACUAAAGCUGAAACUGUUUGAGCAUAAUCACACAUGCAUAUGGUGUGUAAUAAAACACAUGUCUAUGAAAUAAAAACAAACUUAUUGUGAAACAGAAAAUCAAACUCAGAGAUUUUGAAAAAUCUUGGUGCCCUGCGAUAAUAACAUAUAAAGUCAUGAGAUAAUAACAUGUAGUACACAUCUAUGAGACAGAUUGCAAAUUUUAUUUCACCUUUUUGUCUGACAUGAUGAUUUCCAAACUCUCACCAAAGCUGGCAUUAGAUGGUUUCCAGGUGUGGAGAAUUUUGGCUUUGAGAAACGUUUGUUGGCUUCAAAGACAUCUUAUGAGAAACAUUUGUUUUCUUUCUUUUAAGUGAUGGGUUUGCUUAGAGGCUGGAACGCAAUAUAUAUAUACACGUCAUAUAAGUGAAUACAGGUAGAGAAGAUAUAGGACGUUUGUUUAGAAAAAUAAUAUGCUUAAUAAAAUCCUCAUUAUUCAAGUAAAGGAAACUCUUAUUUUCGAGUAUGUUAUAAAUAGAUAUGUUAGUUAAAAUAUUUGUAAUCGAAUACAUUUAGAGAAUAUAGGCGAGAAUCUAAACAGAUUUGUGGUGUUCUGUUUUUUUUUUUUAAACGUAUAAGAUAUGAAAGUAUAACGAUUAUCCAUAGAUUUAUGUUUAGAAUAUUCCAUAUUGUUAUGAAUAUUCUUAAAUAUGGUUUUAUUUGCAGAUUUUAGGCACUUUUGAAUAUCUAUAUAAAUAUUUAAUAAUUACAUUUGAGAAAGAGUUGAAUAGGUAAUAAGAGUAAACAUAAUGUUUUUUUUUUGGCAAAUAUAACUAAUAAUUGAAUCUGUCAAAAUUGAUGAAUUAUAUUCUCCGGUUUGAAAUUUGAUAAAUAAUUCAUUGUUAUCGGAUGUGUUGAUGCAUAACAUGAUUCUAACGUAUUGUUUUAAUUUAUAGUGAUGAUGUAAGCAAUACAAUAAUAUCAAAAGAUCUCUAUAUGGGUUUUAUUGCUAUAUUUGCUUUGUAAGUCUUAUGCUCUAAACGAAUACUCAACGAUCUCAAAAAUGGUGGUGAAGAGGAUGUUGCGAUCUCUAUUGUGGUGAAGUCUCAAAUUACAAUAAAACUAAUAGAACGUAAUCUUAAAUGAUGUUGUUGAUUGUUUAUAAUCAGUAAACGUUGAAAUAUUUGGUUGUUGAAUGAAUCGUGGCCGAGUGGCCGAGUGAUCAGUUAUAUUUGCUUGUUAAAAAAACAUGUUUAAAAAACAACAUUUAAUCAAAAGCAUAGCCUAAAAUAAAGUCAGUGGCAUUGUCUUGUAAAUAUUGAUGAAACAGGAGGGUACCUCAAAAAAGGGCCUUCUGUUUUAAUAGUAUUGAUUUUUAGUUUUUGUAUUUUUAACUUUUGUAUUAGUGAAUUGAAGUUCUCUUCAGACAAGUACUGAAUAAUAUCAUUGUUGAAACAAUUAAAUUACAAAUCAUUAAGAUUCACAUCAACUAAAAUACUGGAAUGAGAAUGUUUUUAGAAAUUGAUAGUUUCGUAUAUUGCUGGACUUGGCCAUAGUUGAGGUUUAUGCACACGAAAGCAACAAAUUGGUUAUGAAUUAAGGAAACUGAGGUGUUAAACGCCACACACAAAGUUGAAUCUUUAGUUUAGCCAAGUAUUAUUUUUCUUUAUAGAGUUUUCAUAUCAAAUUAAGAACUAGAAACAUAAUCAGAUUGUUAGAAGAAAAGACAGAAAUCAUAAAAAGCUUUAAAAAAAGAACUCGCAAAAUCAAUUGAAAAACAUAAUUCAUAUACCGAGUGAAGAGAUCACAUUAUUUUUGAUGCAACUCUAAUCCAUUUCACUUGAUUCUAUCGUGUUUAUAACAUUACCAAGAACUUUCAUAAGAAAGUACACGUUAUUGGUUAUAGACUACGUCGAUUUUUAACGUGUCCAACACUAUUGACACGACGCCCAACCAUUUUUAUUGGUGUUCUUAUAGUAUGGUACAAUAAUUAUGUAUUUAAAAUAAGCCUAACAUAUUAGUUUUACAUUGAUUUAUUUUCUUUAUAUUUAUAGAAGAAAAUAAGUCUGGGUAAAAUAUUUGGAUCUGAAGAACCGAACCGAACUUGAUUUGAAAGUACUACUAAACAUAAACUAAAACUGAUUAAGUACUCAAAUGAAUCUAAAAUUUUAAUACCAGAAUAACUAUACCCGAAUCCGAUCCAAACUGAAAUAUUUUGGAUACCAAAAAUAUCUAAAACACAAUUAUAUACUUAAAUAUAUUAGUUUUUUUAAAAAUUUAUAUUUAUUAGAUAUUCAUUAACAGGUAAAUAUCUAAAAUAACAAAAUAUGUUCAAAAUACUGAAAAUAUAUUUUUUCUCCAUCUAAAUAUUUAAAUUGAACUAUUUUUAUAUAAAUUUAAGUAUUUAGUCUUACAUUAUUCAAUUUUUAUGCUUAUAUUAUUUUUAUUUUUCGAAUUUUGAGGAUUAAGUAUAUUUGGAUUUUUGUUAAAAAAUUACACAAUUAAAAUAUGUAUGCGAACUCGAACCCGGACCGAAAUGAUUCGAACCAAAUUCAAUCUUAAUUCAAACCGAAAUUUGUAAAUAUCUAAUCAUAUUUAAAUUUCUAACUCUAAAAAUUAAAAUCCGAAUAAAUCAACUGAAUCCAACUGAUAUCUGAAUAUACAUCCUUGAAUAUUGUAAUACGAUAUCGUAAAUAAUCAAAUUAAUUAUUUUAUCACUGCGGGGACUAAUACCAAGGAAUAUCGUAAUAUGCAAUAUUGCGACUAAGUUUGAACUUUGUGAAGUUAGAGAAAUACUUUUCUUUCUGAACCAAAUGAAUAGACUUGAAUUAAAAAAAUGUGCGUAAAGUAAUUAAAGUCGAACCCUUCAACUAAUUCAUUGGCCUAUGAGUCAAACUUAAGACUUGUCCGUUGGAAAAUACGAAACGAUGAAGUUACCAAAAAGGUCAAAGUGAACACGAUCGUUCAUACAGUGGUCAAAUCAAAUUUAGGGUGUUAAUUGUAAAUUACAGUAACGUCGUCGCCCCAUUGGCCAUUAAAACGUAGCCAUCUGUUUAAUUUUGUAAUUUUCUGACAUUGGUCAGUGGGAAUAGAAACUGUGAAGAGGAAUGGAAUAGAAACUCGGAUUCUGAGAAUCGUUUUUAAAUUUUGUUAGUAUAAUCUUAAUUAGAAACCUGAAGGCAAUUAUGUUAGUGCGUACGACUAAAUUUAAUUUCGAAUCUUUUUGUAGUGGCAGCUGGCCUCGAUCGACCCUUGUUUCCUUUAUUAAUUAGAAGACUUCAAACGAAGCUACAAUAUUAGACUCCAGUGGUCUUUAAUAAUUUCUUGUCUUCAUUCAUAUAUAGGGAAAUGGGAGAGAGAAACGUUGAUGGUGAUCAGAAAAUGGAGGAAGUAUUGUUGCCCGGAUUUAGGUUUCAUCCAACCGACGAAGAGCUUGUAAGCUUUUACCUGAAGCGGAAGGUUCAACACCAUCCUCUCUCCAUUGAACUCAUAAGACAACUCGAUAUCUACAAAUACGACCCCUGGGAUCUUCCAAGGUUUGCAAUGACGGGUGAAAAGGAAUGGUAUUUUUACUGUCCGAGGGACAGGAAGUAUAGGAAUAGCUCGAGGCCGAACCGAGUGACUGGAGCUGGUUUCUGGAAAGCCACGGGAACAGACAGGCCGAUAUACUCGUCGGAAGGAAACAAAUGCAUAGGUCUAAAGAAGUCACUGGUGUUCUACCAAGGAAGAGCUGCGAAAGGAGUUAAGACUGAUUGGAUGAUGCAUGAGUUUCGUUUGCCUUCUAUCUCGGAGCCAACUCCUUCUUCUAAGAGGUUCUUCGAUUCGCCUGUCUCUCCAAACGACUCGUGGGCUAUAUGCAGAAUCUUCAAAAAGUCAAACACAACGAGCCUAAAAGCUCUCUCUCACUCCUUUGUUUCCUCGUUACCAUCAGACACAAGCAUCGACACAAUGUCCAACCAAAAGCCAUCAAACACAUCACACUUUUCUUCAGACCUCAAAACUAGCUCUCACUUCCAGUUUCACCAUGAGAACACGAACAAAAUUCCCAAAACUAGUAGUAGUACAACUCCUCUUGCUGCCCCUAUAAGUCCAUUCUCUUACUUGGAUUUCACUUCCUACGAGCCCACCAACGAUUUCAAUCCGGUUUCAUGUUUAGACCAACAAUACCUCACAAAUCUCUUUCUUGCUCCACAAGAAAUACAAGCUCAGUUUCCAAGGCUCGCCUCGUCUAAUGAAUUCCCCUCGUUUCUCCUAAACAUGCCAUCAUCAUAUUCGAGCUUCUUGGGAGAAUGCAACGGCAAGAUCGACCUCAGUGCGGUGUUGACCCAAGAGCAGUGUCCUGAUCUUGUAAGCCUACCACAAGAGUAUCAAGAAAAGGGACUCGAAGGAAAUGGGGAAAUGAGGAACAUGCAUAGUUUCAAUGAAGAUCUUCAUAGUCACUGUGCCACACUCAGGUCUGGUGAUAUUGCUUCAACAGUUGAAGAGAAACAUCCUCACCAUUAUCAAGACGUGAAACAUAACAUGACAUUGUUGGAGAGUUAUUAUUCUUCUUUGUCAUCCGUUAAUGGAGAUUUGCCAGCUUGUUUCUCCACAACUUGAUGGAUUUGGAUAGAUUUUCAUGUCUUUGUCUUCUUGGUUUUGUUUUUGUAAGCCAGGUUGUUCCUCUUGUAGGCUUUCUCUUUCACUAAUGCAAGGAAAAAUCAUUUAUGCUU